AAACUCCGACACAUCUUUUACCCCCCACUGUACAGACAACCCCAACACACACAAAAACACAAAACACACACAUAUUCUCUAUCUAAAAGCAACUGAUCAAUCUGCCAUUGCUUACCACACUAUGACCAGAUAAUAUCAGAUACUUUUUUGGUCAAAGAAGAAAGGCUGUGGAGAUAAUAUAUUGUACUAGCUCUUGAAAAUCAAAAGAAGAGUGUCACAGCUAUUGAGAAAACUGUGCUUAUUUUGAUCAUCAAUGGCCGAAAUUAUUGGCCCUAGACUGUACAGUUGCUGCAAUUGUAAGAAUGAAGUUGCACUACACGAUGACAUCAUUUCUAAGGCUUUUCAGGGAAGACAUGGGCGAGCAUUUUUGUUUUCUCAUGCAAUGAACAUAGUCGUGGGGCCAAAAGAGGAUAGGCAGCUAAUGACGGGCCUCCAUACAGUUGCUGAUGUCCAUUGCUGCGACUGUCGUGAGGUUGUUGGCUGGAAAUAUGAACGAGCUUAUGAAGAGACUCAGAAGUACAAGGAAGGGAAAUUUGUACUUGAGAAGUCGAAGAUUGUCAAGGAUAACUGGUAGUCCACCGUGAAGUCUGUGGAUGUUCAUACAUGUUAAUCUUGUUAAGUCAAUUCUCAGCAAUUCAAAAUGUCAAUUCAUUGUUCAUUGCUGUGUAAAUUUCUUUUGUUUGUUGUCCGAUUGGAUUGGAUAUUGGAUAUGUUGAACACACUGUGUGAAUAUUCCAUCUCCAAAAUCAUGAAUAUGUAAAUAUUACAAAAUUAUAAUAUUUGCUCUA